AUGAAAGCAUUGUCCUUGCGCCUACUGCAGUGGCUCGCUGUGUUUGGAUGUACUGCUGCUCAAAACGCCUACCUCUACAACCUCGAUAUCCAACCACUGGCCGGAUCUUUCUUGAAAGACUCCUCCAUCGAUUCUGAGACAGCAAAUGCCAUUCUUGCACGUCGGUUACGCGCAACAGAAUCGAGUAGCCUUGGCUCGGUGGACGACGUCGUUCUGGAGCACUUGAAUCGAUAUGGAGGUCAGCAAGCAUUAUCGCUCUUCCAGAAUGAAGCGGCAUCAUCUAUACCAGACAGACUGUUGAUAGCCCUAGAAGGAUAUGAGGGGGAGCCAUUAUCGAUUGCGCCUGGAUUUAGGAUCGAGAAGGCGAACCCCCAACUCGCCAGCAUUCCCCAAAUGGCGGCUAUGGUCGGAGAGAAGAGCUUCGAUACAAGUAGCUGCAGCAAAUAUACAUCAUUGAAGUCUGGUAUGCAUGUCGCCUACAUAGUUGAUUCAAAGGGUGGUACAUGCGUUGGACAGGACAAAAUAGAUCGAUUGCUAGAGGAUGAACCCGUAAAGGAAGAUCAAAUGAAUCAUUUGGCUGCGCUCUUCGCCAACGGAGGACGACCAUUGAGAGCUGUCGUGAAGCUGGACAUGACCCGAACGAAGAAGCUAUCUCAAGAAGCACGCAACUCCGUUAUCACCAAGUCUUUCGACUCCUGGUACAAGAUCCUCGAACCACUUGCAAAAGCAGGCAAACUCGAAUCCACCAUCCUUCUCCUCCCCUCCCGUCGAGCACCACCAAUCCUCAAUCUCAACCGGCGCCAAAUUCCUCUCGAGGAGGAAGAAGCACCCCUCUCUCAACCCUCCGUCUCCAUCUCCUCUCCAUCCGAAGCCUCCCAACCCUCAAUCACCAAUAAUUCCAACAAUCCUACCUUUCACCCCCUCCCACCCCUCGGCACCUUCCUCCCCUCCUGCUUCCCCAACAACCAAAACUGCACAUCCUACACCAACAACUGCAGCGGCCGCGGCUCCUGCUACGCCAAAUCCAGCACCUGCCAUCAGUGUCGAUGCGGCACCACCAUCGUGCGUCAGGACAGCGAUGGCAAGAACAUCAAGACCGUGCAAUGGGGCGGGACGGCGUGCGAGAGGAAAGAUGUCAGUGUGCCGUUUUUCCUGUUUGCGGGCUUUGGGGUGCUCAUGGCAGCGCUUGUGGUGGGUGCCGUGGGCAUGCUCUAUGAGAUGGGAAGUGAGGAGUUGCCGAGCGUUAUUGGUGCAGGAGUCACAGGGCCGAGGGCUCAGAGGUAG